AUGCCCAUGGCGUCCGACUCGACAUUGCAAUGCUCCAUAUGUUCUGCGAGUUUCCGUCGUCUCGAGCACCUCCAGCGCCACCUGGCUUCGCAUGGACCUGGACGACCAUUUGAAUGCACCUUCUGUGGACGGACGUUUAAGCGCAGCGGGGUCGACAUCCUCGACGCGCAGAACGCCAGCAGAGGGAAGAAACGGAAAGCCUGUGACCGAUGUGUCCGGCUCAAGAAGGCCUGCAGCGCUGGAUAUCCCUGCGAAUCCUGCCAGUCGCGGCAGGAGACCUGUUCCUACUGGAGACUGGCCGACGCUGGACACGCGGAGACCAGCAGCAAGUUUCCCCAUCGAGCCACCCUCGCUCCUUGCGCACCGGCUCCGACUCAUGCGGAUGCGACCGUGGGCCUGGCUGGCCAUGGAGAAGACGGAGCGGUUGAGAUGCCAUCGUCAUCAUCAUCCAACGAGGCGCUGAGCUUCCACCCAUCGACCGGACCAGUCCUGACGGGAGAAGAAUCCUGCAGUCUCCCGAGUCCGUCCGAGGACGUGCCCACGGACAUGCCCUUCGGAUUCGACUACAUCGACUGGGACCUGUCUCCGUCCGUGCUGUGCUCGUCCGAGAACGAACCGCGCGAUCUCGCCCAGGCGGCGACCCUGGAGAAGAAGCUGCGGAAGCUGGAGUUCCUCACCCGGUUCACCAGCGUGAAUGGCUUCGCCGACUCGUUUGAAUGCGGGACCCAUUCCCAGCGGCAGCAGAUCGCUCUCGACCCCGAGGCCGAGGCCGAUCCCUGCCCUGGCCUGCCUGGUGCAGUUUCAAGCCAUGACGGGGCCAGCCUCAUCAGACCGCCACCCGAGAAUCUCGAUCUCGAUCUCGAUUUCGACCCGAGUUUGCUGAUUGGACAUGACGACGAGGUUCACGAGCGACUCGGGCGGCUGAGUCGCGGACUGGCCCUUGAGGCAAGUCCGGGGACCAGCGAAAUGGUUGCCAAAACGCCGUCGUCGUGGACGAACUGGCCUUUCGAUCCGCUGGCGAUCAAGACUCACGAGAUCGUGGAUCGGCUCAAACAGGCCACCUGCCGCAAAUCCGAUCACAGCAUCAUAUCCAUGAACUGGUCGCGCCUGAUGGAGGAGGUAUGCGUCCAGUUCUUUGCGCCGCGGAAUCUGCGGCGGUUCCUCCAACUCUUCUGGUCGCUGUGGUAUCCGAACUGCCCGAUUGUCCACAAGCCGACGUUCAACGCACAGGGAUCGUCCGCGGUGCUGCUGGCGGCAAUGGUCAUCAUCGGGGCCUGUCUGUCCCCUCACGAGUCGGACCAUGAGACUGCGAAACUGUGGUUUAACGGGGUCGAGGAGAUGGCCUUCAACGACGAGUGGAUUCGCGAAGAUCCCAUGUCCGGACCCCUACGCCGCUCCGAAACCGGGGCCGCCAGACGCAAGAGACUCCAGCUGCUCCAGAACUUUGGGAUGAGCAGUGCGACCCAUCGAGACCUCCCCUGCGGGGCUCUCUCGCAGUCGUGGUGGUCUCAAUUCAUCGCGGAGGAGGAGUUGAUCCGGUACGAAUGCGCAUUCAUGUCAUGUCAUGUCAUGGCUAACGAUGGCGACAAGCACGCUCACCUACGUUUUUCUCCUCGACACCGGCUUUGCCAUCUUCUACAACACGCCGCCCCGCAUGGUCAUUGCGGAAUUGCAGAUGGACCUGACGUGCCCGGAGAUCUGCUUCCAGGCGUCGACGGCCAACGAGUGUCUGGCGCAUUUCCGAGCCUGGGUCACCACGCGGACCUGGCCAGGGACGCCGUCGCUCCAUUCCGCUGUCUGCCGGAUCUGUCAGGCAGACAGCAGCAUGGAUGGCGAACUGAAGAGCGCGUCGGGCCAAACCACACUUCGUGUCCUUACUCGUUUGCGUUUGCAUGCAGUCUGCGUGCGCGACGAAAAGAAGACUUCUUCCCAUCGGUGUCGGCAAAGUAUAUAGCUGAUGAUGCUUGCCGUGCCCUCGCGACACUAUGUCGGAUGUACAACGAUUUGGGCUCCGUCGCACGCGACCGGAAAGAGGGGAAUCUGAACAGCAUCAACUUUCCGGAGCUGCACGAGUUAUCUCCAUUCGCGUCCUCAGAGUCAUCGACCGUGCCAGCAGCCAAAGAUGAAGAAGAACUGAAAGCGCGUCUCUACCACUUGGCAGAAUAUGAGCGGAAAAGAUUGGAGGUUGCGUUGACAGAAUUGGAAAAGGUAGUCGAGCCCGACGUCACGAGCAUGCUCAAGGUUUUCGUAGGAGCGACAGACCUUUUCUGCCAGAUUUACCUUUUCAAAGACAUUGCUAGUCAGCGAACUUCGUAG